GCAUGAAAUCGAUAAAUGAAGGAUGGCGGGAAGUGAUUCAAGAGAAUUCGUGAAAGUUGUCAGUUGAGUACUUGACUAAAUUUCUUCGACGAAGAGCAAACCCCAUCGUCAUCAUUUUAUGCUGAAUCUCUCAAAUAUUUCUCUGUUAUCACAAAACCCUACCAUUCCCAUAAUUGUUAGUCCUCCGAACUUAUAAUAGCUUUUUCGUCUCUUGUUCUGGAGCGCAGCUCCUUCUCCUCCUGCCUGGGAAGACCUCUUAUGGCUGCUUCGAAGAUCGUUGCCGAGUAUGCCAAGUCCAAUCGAUCUUCUUGCAAAGAAUGCUCCAACUCCAUCGCUGGGGGUACUCUGAGGUUAGGUUUGGUAAGCAAAGAUACACGAGGGUUCGAUAUAAAGAAAUGGCAUCACUUCAGCUGUUUCCCAGCCGAUUCUCAGCACAUAUUUUCUGCGGAGAAGAUACAGGGUUUUUCGACAUUGAAGAGUAGCGACCAGGAAGCAUUGAAGAAAUUGGAGGUUGGACGCGAUAAACAAUUGAAGGAUUCUGAUGGGGGCGAAGGAAAUAAGAAGACUCAUAAGGAAUCAGACGUAAGUGAGUUUGUUGAACUCGGUGAAAGGAAUUCCAAGAAGUUGAAGUUGUCUACAUCCAGCAAUGAAGCUGAGCUGGAGACCGCUUUAUCUAUUUCAGAUGUGAAGAUAGCUUUCUCUAUUUCAGAUGUGAAGACUAAGUACAAGGAUGCAACAUUACUACCUAAAUGGAAGGCUUUCCAAACAAUCAUAUUUCUUGAACGGGAUGAUGGUCUUCAUGAUUCAAGUAAAAUUGCUGCUUUUGAUUUUGAUGGGUGUCUCGCCAAUACUUCUGUGAAAAGAAUUGGCCCGAAUGAAUGGAAACUUCUGUAUCCUUCAAUACCAGAAAAGCUGCAGAGUUUGUACAGGGAUGGCUACAAGCUGGUUAUCUAUACCAAUGAAUCCAACAUUGAGCGUUGGAAGAAUAAGAGACAGCUAGCUGUUGACUCUAAGCUUGGACGGCUCAACAAUUUCAUUGAGCAUGUCAAAGUCCCAAUUCAGGUUUUUGUUGCUUGUGGGUUGGGAAAAACUACUGGACAAACAGAAGAUCCCUUUCGCAAGCCAAAAACAGGAAUGUGGAGAAUAAUGGAGCAACAGUUCAACUCUGGCAUCCCAAUUGAUAUGGAUCAAUCCUUUUAUGUUGGUGACGCAGCUGGAAGAGUCAAAGAUCAUAGUGAUGCAGAUAUCAAAUUUGCUCAGGCACUUGGAUUAAAGUUCUAUGUUCCCGAGGACUAUUUUGGUGCAUAGUGGACUUGCUGCCAAUUGGCUCCAGACAAAAUCGUGUCCCAUACUAACUGCCUUUGAGAUUUUCAACUAUUAGUAUUGGUGCUGCCUCAUGUAAGGACCAACAAGCCAAGUCUUAUGAUGCUUGUCACUGCAUGUAAAUCUCCGAGCUGGUAAGUUAGCAGAUUUACUUGGGGAUAAACUUAUUUAUUGUUAUCAAUCGGAUGAUUAAGAUGGUUCCUUUUCCCCAAAUGAUCUUAAUGACUGUGACAGCCUUAGAUUGCAAUUUCUGUGGUGAUAAACUCUCUGAUUUUCUAC